UUCUCAGAAUGGGCUGGGACUACGACUCGUCUUCAAGCUCCUCCUGCUCUGGAAGCAGCACCGACAUGGCGUACGGGGAUUCGAGUGUACACAGUGACAACGAGCAGAUGGAGGACAUUGACGAGGAGGAAGAUUUGGAUUGGUACUAUGCUGUGGUGAUCGGUCGAUGCAGAGGAAUCUUCACGAGUGUAAAGGACGCUCUCAAACACACGCGGGGGUACUCGAACUCGAGAUUCAAGAAAUUCCCUAGUUUUGAGGAAGCCCGUGAGUUCCUAAACCAAUACGGGCUGCAAGUUGACCACGAAUACGAGCAUUUUGACGGCUCAAGGCUUUGGUUCGGCUACGCAAUGAACGGAGGCCGCGGGGACUUCCCAGAUCCUCUGCAUCCGAACUCUAUUGUGGCAUUUUGUGGAGGUAGCGCACUGCGCAAUGGAGAAGAGGACUGUAACGCAGCAUAUGCCUGUGUUUUUCCGCAUAAGCGAACUUGGGACGUGGUAGAAUCGGUUGAGGGGCCGUGGGCGACUAAUAAUCGAGCUGAGUAUAUGGCAGCGUUAGCUGCUAUGGAACGAGCCAAUAUUGAGGACAGGGACAAGACGAAAGUGCUAUUCAUUUACUCUGAUAGUAAACUAUUGAUUGAGUCCAUGAGUAAAUGGAUUUACCGGUGGCGUAAUAAUGGAUGGAAAACGGUGGACGGAUUCGAUAUCCAGAAUCAAGAUCUUUUGGAGAAGUUGAUGAAGGCGCAAGGCAAUCGACGAGUGCAGUGGCGUAAGGUACGAGCAAACUCUGGAAAACGGUAUUGGGAUGCGUUCUGGAAUGAUAUUGCCAGAAUCCAGGCCCGCGGUGUGACUCAUGGCAAUGAGGAUGACUAAGAAGAUGUGGUUGCGGUAUCGUCAUAGCUUUCAGGU